UUCGGAGCCAUCAUCACCGGCUUGGAUCUGAAUAAUAUCUCGGACGCAGAUGUGAAACACCUCCGGGAUGCUAUCUGGACGCACAAAGUCGUAGUCGUCAAAGGCCAGCAUGAUCUUGAUCCCAAGAAGCAUUGGGAGCUUGUCGCUCGAUUCGAUCCGGAGGCGGAACAGGUGCAUUCGCACGGCGAUAUCAAGACUUUCCAAAACAAAGGCGGCAUGCUCUCUAAGCGAUAA